CCAAAAAAAUGGACAAACAAGAUCACCCCCAAUUCGUUGGUCGGUCCUUCACCAACAAAGAAGUGACCUACUACAGUUCGCCCAUCGACACCUACGGGGCCAAGAUCACUGACAACAAAUACAUCAUGACUGAAGGAGAAGGCACUAAGAUCAGGAUUAACAAGUCAGUCUUCUUCUAUACGAGCGGGGCUGCCCUUAAUGUCAUCAAGGUCAAGUCUGGGAAAGGCAGUUUCGAUGAACAUAAGAAGUUGGGAGAGGACCGGAGAGUGGUGGAUUUUGUGUUUCCGCCGAAUAGUAAGAACCAAGCGCUGUCGCUGGAUGAUAAGGGAGGCCUCAUGAUCUGGAUGUAUAAGUAUAAGGAUACCUUUACGUAUGGGGUGAUUUAUCAGAUGGCGUAUGAUGUGGAGAUUACUAGUAUGCAGUGUUUGAUGAACCCAACCGCAACUCUUAUAGUUUGUUGGUCUGAAGAGUAUUUUUGUAUGACGCAUCUCACAGCAAACUCACCUGGAGGAGCCAUUACGGCUGGCAAUAUGUUCUUGCAGACUGAUAAAUUUUCAGAGAAGCCUUCUUUGAUGCCACACUAUUUGAUGAAAAAUCCUAAGAAAUAUAAAGUUGGAAAGAUCAAAGAUUUUGUGAUUUCUACAAAUCGAUGCUAUGGGUUUAUUCUUCAUGAUGAAAACAAAAUUACUGUAGUAAGCUUGCAAUAUACCGCUUUGAUGUAUCAAGCUCAAAUAACUGAUAUUUCUGAAGACCUUGACAGGAUAUUUUAUAAAGAUUUUGGACCAGGAACUCUAGAAGCUACACAAGGAGGACCUCCUGUGUCUGGUACACUUAUCCUGACAGCAGAAGGUAAUACAAGUCUAUUCACUGCAGAUAUUUUUGUGGUUCAGGAGGAGCUCAGAAUUGUGCAAAACUGCCAGCUUAGCUUUCAGAAGGAUAAAACACAUAAAUAAAAUAAGAUUUAUUGGCUCUAAAAAUAUGAUUUUCUUACUGAACGAUCAAGCUCCUUCCAAACUUUAUGCAGUAAAUAUAGAGGCAAAUACUGAGGAAGGACUAGAUAUUGAAGGAGCUAAGAAAUCUUUUUCGUAUAUUUAUGAAACCUCUCUUUCUUUCGAAAUAAAACUAAACACGAUAACUGACUUCGAUUGAUACUUUCAGGAGAAGCCCAAUGGAGUUCAUCAAUACAUGUUCUUUGUGAGGGAUAAGGACAAGAUUUCCUUGUUCGGAAUUUCUGAGAGCAACAUAAGUCAAGUCCCUGAAGAAGCCUUUGAGUAUACUUCCAAUGCUGGAGAUGAAGAGACUGCUCAAUCUUCGAAGCUGCAAAAUCUAAAUCUUGACUCUGAAGAUAAGGAAAAAUUUGCUCAUAUAGAGAAAAUUUUGGAUAAGAGUUCUAAAACCUUGGAGAAGCAAAGAAGGUCAGAAACUGAAAAGGAGGAAUCCAAGGAUCAUUCUAAGCCUAAAAAUAUUCCUGCUGAGCAGCUGCUCAGCUCUGAGAAUGCUCAUAAUUCACCAAAGACUCAUGUGAAGGUUUGUAGCUUGGAUCUAGAAAAAGAUGAAAGCCAUCCAAACAAUCUUUCAGAAGAAAAACAUCAUGAGGAUAUGCAAGAGAAGCAAGAUGGAGAAAUUAUCCAGCCAAAUAUCAGAGAUAGAACCACCACUGGCUCUCAGAUUAGUAAAUCUGAAGACUCUAUCGCUUCAAGAGUUAAGAUUCGAAGAGGUCGAACUGAAAGAGAGCAUCGUGACGACAAACCUCCCUUUCAGAAAGCAAUAGAGAUCGAAGAUAGUAAAGAAAAUGCCCAGAAUCCUUUCUUGAACAACCCAAAUCAAUUAUUGGGAAUGCUCAAUAAGGGAAAAGAAGCCUUGGAUAAAUCCAAGGAGGACCAGAACAAGCCAGAGCAAAAGCCCUCAUCUACUGAAGAAAGCAAAGGAGAUUUUGGAGAGAAAAAGCCUAGUGAUGUGGGAUCAACAGAUAAUAAAUUUCAAGAAGAGAGCAAAGAUGAUUCUUCUCUUCAGCCACAAAUUAUUAAGAAGGCAUCAACGAUGAAGAUAAGCGAUGAGAAUAAGCGAGAAGAACCUCACAGAAACCGCAUGCCUCAGAACAUUGAAACAAUUGAAUGCAGCUGCUGCCAAGCUCGUACGAAUUCAAACAACAAUAAAUAUCAGAAGAAUAUUGAAAAUCUUGCUGCAGAGACAAUCAGAAGGGAGCUUCCUAAGCUCUUACAAGAGAAUGUUAAACAAACUGUAAUCACAGCUAUUGUCAGAGAGACUAAAGACAAAUUUCAGGGGAUCCAUAACAAGAACUACAAGUUCCUUGAAUCUACCAUCAUGGCCUUCGCUGAGAAGAAAAUUGAUGAGUUAAAAGAGACAGCAGAGCAGAAGGCCAAAGAUGCUAUCUCUACUGUGAUGACUGACGAGCUCAAGAAAAUCCUUAAUACCACCAUUAUUCCUCAAUGUGAGAAGGUAGUCGAGGAUACCAUGUCAGAGCUUAUUAGUAAUGUCAAGGACGCUCUUGAUGAGAAUGUUGAGAAAGUUAAAGAAAUGGAAGAGAAAGUAGACAAAUUUAUCUCAGAAAAUUUAAAGAAAGCCUCUCAAGAACCCUCAGUUUCCCAAGGAUUUAGACCUUUCCAGCUUGAAGAAGACAGUUUUAACAACCUCCUAAGUUCUAGUUUUGAGCACGCUCCUCAAGAAGCUCCAAGAGAACCUGAGGUUAAAGGAUUUUUCUCACAUAUGAGCCAGCCUUCAAGACAAAUGCCAAACACAGGAUAUACAGGAGGGUUUGGAGGAGAACCAUUUACUGUUGGAGGAAUGAGUCAGGACUAUUCAUCUAGUUUACAUUUAUCUGGCUCUGAAUGGAAUCAGCCAAUGUCUACUCCGACAUAUCCUCCUUCAGGAGCUCAACCGAUGGGCAGCUUUGGAGCACCGAUGAGCCAGGGAUUCCAAAGCCCAUCGGUUGAUGACAAUUAUACGAAGAUGGUAAAGAGCUUGCAUUAUUUCAUCGAGACCAACAUAAAUUGAUUCUUUACCGGAGAAGGAAUCUUCAAAUGGAUUCAAGAAUGAAUCUUGAAACAUCCCCCAGACUCAGAUCUACUGUUUAAAGCACUGAUUACUUUGGGAUCAUCGAUUUAUAGAGGGAACUACCAGGCUCUGGCUCCGAAGCUAAAGUUCUUGGACCUCCUCAGUAAUGCAUUGUCAAAGAUGCCCAACUAUUCCAAUUAUGAGAAUGAUGUCAUUGCUAUUAGGAAAUCAGUCGGUGAUCACUUGAAGACAUUGAAGAGGAAAUAAC